AUGUCUCGAAUGUGGGAGGUCGAUCCAGAAACGAGGACGAAGCUCCUCCAAAUCUCCAAGACAAAUGGAAACGACAGAUGCUGCGAUUGUGGUGCUCCGUCCCCUCAAUGGGCUUCCCCAAAGUUCGGAACAUUCAUUUGUCUUAACUGCGCCGGCACACACCGCGGGUUAGGUGUCCACAUCUCCUUUGUCCGCUCGAUCACCAUGGACGCCUUCAAACACGCCGAAAUCCAACGCAUGGAGCUGGGAGGCAACGAUCCCUGGAAGAGCUUCUACGACGAACACCCGGUGACUGUUUCACAGGGUCUUACGUUCGAAGACUCCACCAUCAAGGAACGAUACGAAAGCGAACCGGGCGAGGAAUGGAAGGAGAGGCUAUCGUGCAAAGUCGACGGCCGCGAAUAUGUCCAGGGCCAGGAGAAGAAAAAUAACCCCUCGCAGUCAAGCACGUCCUUGAGCGUCGCCGGUCCUGCCGGUUCCAAUUUGGGUGCUGUGUCUGGUGCGCGGGCUGGAUCACCUGCGCCGUCGUCUAUUCGGUCCGGUGAUGUACCCAGCAAGAAGGAGCAGAAUGAGGCUUACUUUGCGAAGCUGGGCAACAGUAAUGCCACUCGCUCUGAUAACCUGCCUCCGUCACAAGGCGGGAAAUUCACUGGCUUCGGCGGUGGUAUGCCUGCGCCCGCGGCGGGGGAUCGACGCUCUUCGCCAUUUGGAGGAUUCGGAGGUUGGGGUGGUGGCGGUGGUGGACAACCGUUUGAAGAUCUCCAGAAAGACCCAAUGGGCACUAUCAGUAAAGGAUUUGGGUGGUUCACGUCGGCGGUUGGCAAGAGCGCAAAGCAGGUUAAUGAUUCUUACCUACAGCCAACAGCCAAACAGUUGGCCGAGUCCGACUUCGCAGCCCAGGCCCGAGUCCACGCUUCGGUCUUUGGCCAGAACCUGCAAACUGGAGUCCGCGGCGCUGCCGACCAGUUCAAUAAGUUUGUCGAAGGCGAUGAUCGCCCUGAUGGACGCCGUAACCGUGUAGAGCCUGAGCGCCGAGACUUCUGGGAUGACUUCUCCUCACUGGGUGACCAAGAAACAGCAAACCACCGUCGCAGUGGAUCACAACGGUCUCAACGAUCCGAUGUUGUUGGAACCGCUGCUAUGCGGAAGGGUCCCACGGCCUCCUCGCUGGCUAACUCUACUGAUGCUGGAGAGAGUAAAAACACCACGACCUCGGCGACGGGCAAAAGUAAGGAUGAAUGGGAUGAAAACUGGUAG